AUGUCAUUUAUAAACACAUUGCAACAACAAUCGACCCCAAUUGAACCAACCACGAAUACCACAUUAUCUUCAGAGAGCAUAGAAAAACAAAGUUUCUUCAGUAAUGUCACUUCUAAUCCUCUCUUUUCAGCUGGCUUUGGGCUCAUAGGUGUUGGUGCAGCACUCACACUUUUGAGACAGAGUACAAAAUUUGGAGUCACUGUGCUUCGAAGACGUUUAUUAGUGACACUUGAGAUUCCUUCCAAGGAUAAGUCUUACCUCUGGUUUCUUCACUGGAUGUCUCAUCAUGCUCCUAAACGGCAAGUUCAACAUUUGGCAGUUGAAACUAGUUACCGUCAACAUGACAAUGGGAGUGUGACGACUAAGUUUGGUCUCGUACCUGGUCCAGGAACUCAUUAUUUUAAAUACAAGAAUAUAUGGAUGCAAGUACAACGACAGAGGGAUGGUAAAAUGAUGGAUUUGUCAACGGGGGCACCCUGGGAGACUAUUACGAUUACUACUCUAAGUCGAGAUCGCCAUGUGUUUACAACAUUAUUAAAGGAAGCUCAGGAGAUGGCAUUAAAGAAACAGGAAGGUAAGACGGUCAUUUACACGUCAUAUGGUCCUGAGUGGAGGCCAUUCGGUAUGCCUCGAAGAAGACGACUGUUAGAAUCCGUCAUUUUGGAUCGAGGAGUCAAAGAACGAGUUGUAACUGAUGUGAAGGCAUUUAUUAAUAAUGGGAAAUGGUAUAAUGAAAGAGGAAUACCCUAUCGUAGAGGAUAUUUAUUAUAUGGUCCACCUGGCUCUGGCAAGAGUAGUUUUAUACAAGCAUUAGCUGGUGACCUGGAAUAUAAUAUUUGUAUACUUAAUUUAUCAGAGAGAGGAUUAACAGAUGAUAGAUUGAAUCAUUUAUUAAGUAAUGUGCCUGAACGUAGUAUAAUGUUACUAGAGGAUGUUGAUGCAGCAUUUACAAAACGAACACAGUCAGAUAAUCAAGGUUAUCAAUCGAUGAUUACAUUUAGUGGACUGUUAAAUGCUCUAGAUGGAGUUGCUUCAGCAGAGGAACGUAUUAUUUUCUUAACAACCAAUCAUGUCGAAAAAUUAGAUCCUGCAUUAAUUCGACCAGGUCGAGUCGAUUUAAAAGAAUAUUUGGGCAAUGCUACUGAAUAUCAAAUUCGAAAUAUGUUUAUGAGGUUCUAUGAAGACGUUUCACUUGCAGAAGCAUUUAUAAAGAAAACAAAAGAUAAACCGAUUAGUACAGCUAGUUUACAGGGUCAUUUUGUUUAUUAUAAAGAUAAGCCACAAGAGGCUAUUGACAAUGUAGAGUCAUUAUGGAAUGACUUGUAA